AUGCCUUAUGCAAGGAGUCUUGUGCAUUUGGGUUCGAGUAUUUUUCGCGUUUCGCUCACAUCCAGCGUCAUGGCGCCUGCUUCCUCUCGAUUUCUCGGCACGGGUGUUGCCCUCGGCCUUGCCGGUGCCUUUGUGGCGCCUUCUCGACCGCAAGCGGAGCCCCAGUCUCGGGCGCCCGUGACCCGCACCCCUUCCGCCGCGCCGACCGGGACGACCGGGACGCUGGCAACCUUGGCUGCGGCAUCCGUGACCUUGGCGGCCUUUGGCAAGACCCAACUCAAAUCUACGGCUGCAAAGGACAUCGACGUACCGGCUCCCUUCCAGCCUUCCAAGCAGUUCGGCGCAACUGAGCCUUUGGGCUUCUUUGAUCCGCUUGGGUUUACUGCGGUGGGCGACGAGAGGGGCUUCCGCAAGUUGCGAGUCUCGGAGAUCAAACAUGGGAGAGUGGCGAUGAUGGCGUCCAUUGGGCUGGUUGGUCAGCAUUUCCUGAAGUUCCCAGGCUUCGAACAGUCCCCGGCUGGCUUCUCCGUGAUGGGCAGGGGCGAGGGUGUGCUAGGCUUCUUCGGCAUCUUCCUGCUCUGUGCUCUCUUGGAGCUGGCUUGGCGAGAGGAGCCUGGCAGCGACAGGGAGCCGGGCAACUAUGGCGACCCUUUCGGCGUGAACAUGUACAACGACGAGAUGAGGAUGAAGGAGCUGAACAACGGGCGCAUGGCCAUGAUUUCCGUUCUGGGUAUCUUUGCGGCGGAGAUGGCAACGGGCAAGGAUGCCAUGCAGCAGUUCGGUCUUCCUGCACUGGGUGCGGGGCUUGCCUCGUCAGCCUCAGCAUCCCGAAGCAGCUUUGCAGGAAGCAGCUCUUCGCGAGUGGCAGCUCAGCAGAACAUCCUGCGCCGAGCGGAAGCCGUGGUGGAGGACGUACUGCCUCCUUUCCAGCCCUCCAAGCAGUUCGGCGCAACUGAGCCUUUGGGCUUCUUUGAUCCGCUUGGGUUCACUGCGGUGGGUGACGAGAGGGGCUUCCGCAAGUUGCGAGUCUCGGAGAUCAAACAUGGGAGAGUGGCGAUGAUGGCGUCUAUCGGGCUGGUUGGUCAGCAUUUCCUGAAGUUCCCAGGCUUCGAACAGUCCCCGGCUGGCUUCUCCGUGAUGGGCAGGGGCGAGGGUGUGCUAGGCUUCUUCGGCAUCUUCCUGCUCUGUGCUCUCUUGGAGCUGGCUUGGCGAGAGGAGCCUGGCAGCGACAGGGAGCCGGGCAACUAUGGCGACCCUUUCGGCGUGAACAUGUACAACGACGAGAUGAGGAUGAAGGAGCUGAACAACGGGCGCAUGGCCAUGAUUUCCGUUCUGGGUAUCUUUGCGGCGGAGAUGGCAACGGGCAAGGAUGCCAUUCAACAGUUCGGCUUCUGA